AUGGAUACGGUCUGCAUAACCCACUGGGUGAACAUCCCUGUUCGCCACCAGGCCCUGUUCCAAGGAAGGGAUUUGGACGCCUGUGCUGAGGACCACGACCUGUUCGCACUGCCUGGCCCUGCCAUAGCAGACCCAGGAGUAGAGCUUGGACUGCGGACAGAGCCUGUUUACCAGGUGCUUUUAGACGUUACCCAGUUCAGACCUGAGGAAAUCCUGAUCCAGGUGUUCGAGGGCUGGCUCCUGAUCAGGGCUCAACAUGGAGCCAGAAUGGAUGAACAUGGAUCAGUUUCCCGCAGCUUCAUCAGGCAGUAUCCACUGCCUGAGAAACUGCAACUGGCGGGGGAUUUGAGGGCUCUGCUGUGUCACGAUGGAAUACUGGUGGUGGAAUCAAAGAACAGGAGACCUGUUGGUACGCCCAGUGAUGCAGAGGAGGAACCCUGCUGAUUAGUGACUAUUGAUAAUGAAGGUUAUUGAUUAGGUAAGGAUGUGAGUUACUCACAAACUUGACCGGUUGCUUCAGUGGAGACCUGUGUAGGAGGAAGAGAGAAAUUGACAAUGAAUGUGCAAUUUAAUAUUUUUCAAUUGGUUUGGCCUGACCUGAUCUGAUGCCACAGUAUUACCCGUCAUUAACAUGGGGGAUUUGGGUAACUUUGUGAAAUGAAUUAUAUUACUGAAAUAUUUAUUCAACCAUUGCAUAUUUGCUUACUCAUAUCUAAAUCGUGUUUUUAAGUGUUAAACACUGUCCUUACACUGUUUUGUGAGAAAGCUGAGAGCUAAUUUAUAGCUGAAUCGCAUUUCUAUGUUAGACAUGUAGCUUUGAACCAUCAAACACAUGAAAGACAGUUGUUGUAAAAUGAAUACACUGACAAUCUAAUAAAGAGUGCAAAGGUGAACAUGCAAA